CCAGCCUCUACCUACCAUCUUCCCCUUACAUUUAUUCCAAAUAUUUCAGCUACAUCGCCCAGACUGGAUGAUGUCCGCGUAGAAAUUUCUAACCGCUGCACAAUUGCCGCAUUUUCUUCCCACCUCCUGUUCAAUUCUUCCUGCUAGUUCACAAGGUUUCACUCUCAGUUACAUCUUAGCCAUGUCCACAAAGACCUUGGAAAGCCGCUUUGAGCAUCUCUCAGUCAAAGAUGGGAACGUAUCGACAAUCAACUGUAACAAUCAUGCAAAGAAUAAGGGCUCCGUAUCGACAGCCAUCUCCCUCUCUGGGCUUGGGUCCGCGGCACAAUUGAGCAAUGGCUCCAAUCGGUCGAACCUGCUCAAACUGGCUUUGCAGAACACGAAUGACAACAAAGUCAAUGCAAUGAAUGCCGGCACUUCCCCUAGUAAGGGCACACCACAGCAUCGUAACGUGGAUGAGAAUGGAGAGCAACGCCACCAAUCAUCGCUCUACGACCAAUCAUCACCGAAGAAGCUACACCUUGGAAUGUUUGAAAUAGGAAAGCCCCUAGGCAAGGGCAAAUUUGGCCGGGUUUAUCUAGCCAAGGAGCGUUCAUCCGGUUUUGUGUGCGCACUCAAGGUCCUGCAUAAGUCUGAAUUACAACAGGGUGGGGUACAAAAGCAAGUCCGAAGAGAGAUUGAAAUCCAGAGUAACUUACGCCAUCCAAAUGUUUUAAGACUCUAUGGUCACUUUCAGGACAGCAAGCGAAUUUUCCUGAUUCUGGAGUUCGCCGGCCGGGGAGAGCUUUAUAAGCAUCUCCGAAAAGAACAUCGAUUCCCUGAGUGGAAAGCAGCUCAGUAUAUUGCCCAAAUGGCUGCUGCGUUGAAAUACUUGCAUAAAAAACAUGUCAUGCACCGCGACAUAAAACCGGAGAAUAUUCUUGUUGGUAUUCAUGGUGAAAUCAAGAUUAGUGAUUUCGGCUGGAGCGUUCAUGCGCCCAACAACAGGAGGCAGACGAUGUGCGGAACACUCGAUUAUUUACCACCCGAGAUGCUGAAGCCAGGCUCGCAAGACAACUAUUACAAUGAAAAAGUCGAUCUAUGGAGCUUAGGUGUUUUAACUUAUGAGUUUUUAGUCGGAGAAGCUCCAUUCGAGGACACACCUGUAAUGACGCAAAGACGUAUUGCACGGGCAGACAUGACAGUUCCUUCUUUCGUGAGUCCCGAGGCGAGGGACUUGAUCAAAAGAUUGCUCGUGCUUGAUCCCGAGAAGCGUAUCUCACUUGAUGAAAUCCAAAGACACCCUUGGAUCCUAAAACACUGUCUUAAAGAUGACCGAGUUAUGAAAAGGAGUUCCGGUUCGUCAAAGGAAGUUAAAGCAUGAAGCGUUACCCAUGCAUAUGAAGGAGUGUUUGGAGUUCGAACAAGUUUCGGUUACUAUACAAAUACCUAUACAGGCAUUGAGUUAAGCUCUUUGCC